AAUAUGAUAUAGCAGGAGAGGAGACCUUCUCUCUCACAUUACGAAGACAGCAUAAUUUCUUUCUUCUCUCUCUUUGCUUUCUUUUUAAAGUACCACAGAGAAAAGAUGUGUGGCGGUGCCAUUAUUUCCGACUUCGUUGAUCUGAAACGUGACCGGAAAUUGACAGCGGAAGACUUAUGGUCGGAACUUGACGCCAAUUCAGACCUCUUGGGCUUGGACUACGCUAAACAGUUUGAAGCUCAAAAGCCUGACCAAGUGAGGAACGAAAAUGGUGAAAAGAAGACGCAGAUGGAGGAUAAACCAAAGACUCAACGAGCUCGGAAGCACGUGUACAGAGGAAUAAGGCAGAGGCCAUGGGGGAAGUGGGCAGCUGAAAUCAGAGAUCCUCACAAAGGAGCUCGAGUCUGGCUCGGUACCUACAACACAGCCGAAGAAGCCGCCAGAGCCUACGAUGAAGCCGCCAAGCGCAUACGUGGCGACAAGGCCAAGCUCAACUUUCCUGAACAACCACCACCACCUCAAGCUGAACCUCCGUCUAAGAAACGCUGCAUUUCACCACCUGAGUUGACCCAGGCAAUCUUACCACAAGCACCGUACGUGGAUUUCGGGUUUGAAAACGAGUUUUAUCAAACGAAUGAGGUGGUGCAGAAUAACGAGUUGGAGCUGAAACAGCAAAUCUCGAGCUUGGAGUCACUCCUGGGGCUGGCACCAACAACUCAGCAGAUGAGUGGACACAGUUCGUGCGACUCAAACGAGUUCUGGAUGAUGGAUGAUGCGGUGAUGGCACCUGUUGUUGAUCAGCAAAAUCAUCAUCAUCAUCAUGAGGAUCAACUUCCAAGGUAUUAGGGAUGAGAUCAUGGGAUGAAAAGCAAAUAGUUUUGCAAUAGUACAUGUGGUUCUUCUCUGUUUUUAUGGUUUAAUGUGGGACUUGGAUUCAAAAGCUAGUAAUAUUGUGUACUGUAAAUUCUCGAGAGGUAAUAAGCAUAGAUAGAGAUGGUCAGCCAGAGCUAGUGCUUCCUGUUGCAUGCAGAAAAAGACUCCAUUUCUUUUUCUUCUUUCGUCUUUUUAUAAUAUAAAUGCAUUGUUGUUUUCAAAA